GAAGGAGCUGACUGUAAAGAGCCACAAGCACCGGAGCAACAUCUGAGACCACCCCCUUACCAACCUAUAGCCUAAAGUCCCCGCGGACGCACUGACAAGACGGGCGGACCACCUUGCGUGUGUUAUACAGCUGAGGUGGGAACGCGGAUUUGCCGAGGCUUUCCGAGCAUAGAAGUGAAUGAAUGGGUUUGUCUCGGCGUGUGUGCCGCUGAAGUGGGUCAGGUGGACCAGUGGAGUAGCGAAAGAUAAACAGACUUCGCUUCCAGGGCAGGCUGAGAUGAAGAGGACGAAGGAUGCUCAACAUCUCCAUCCACGCAUCAUGCAGUAAUUCACAGCAAAAUAUUCUCAGAGUCAGAACAAUAGCUAUCGAUAGAGGAUACGUUUAAAAGGGACUGUUAUUCCCUGAGAGAGGACGUCAAGUGAGUGCAUUGUUGGUUCCACUGGAGCAAAACGGAGCAGGGCUGCGCGGCUCUGCUCCACUCAAGCCGAUGCAGGACCAUGGAGGAGACAGACAGGUCGCCAGCAGUCUGCCCCACGGAGUCAAGGCGAGCCUGUCUCUCUCGCCUACUGGACCAGGGCGAGUUGGCAGCGCAGGCACCUCCCCUCCGUCCAAAGGGGGCUACUGUGACAGGGUCCCGGUGGAGGAUAUGCAAGCCCUGACCCUCACCUCUCUGUCCACAGCUGAUGUAGCCAAGCAGUAUGAGCACAUCCGAGAGCUGGGCAAGGGCACAUAUGGGAAGGUGGACCUGGUGGCACAGAGGGCACAAGGCACUAAAAUAGCUCUGAAGUUUGUGACUAAGAACAAGACCAAGCUGAAGAGCUUCCUGCGGGAGUAUAGUCUGACGGGCUCACUCGGCUCCAGUCCUUUCAUCAUCAAAGUCUUAGACGUACUUUUUGAGACCGAGGAAUGCUAUGUAUUUGGACAAGAAUAUGCACCCGCCGGGGACCUUUUCGACAUCAUCCCCCCACAGGUGGGCCUGCCAGAGGACAUGGUGAAGCGCUGCAUGCAGCAGCUGGGCCUGGCCCUGGACUUCAUGCAUGGUAAAAGCCUGGUUCACAGAGAUGUCAAACCAGAGAAUGUGCUGCUCUUUGACCGUGAGUGUCGUAGGAUAAAGCUGGCAGACUUCGGUAUGACACGACGUGUAGGCUGUAGAGUGAAGCGUGUGAGCGGGACCAUCCCAUACACUGCUCCUGAGGUGUGUAGAGCCAGCCGAACCGAGGGCUUCUUAGUGACCACCAGUCUGGACGUGUGGGCGUUUGGUGUGCUGGUCUUUUGUAUGCUGACAGGUAACUUCCCCUGGGAGGCAGCGCUACCCACUGAUGCCUUCUAUGAAGAGUUUAGGCGCUGGCAGAAGGCGGGAUGUCCUUUGGGAACAUACCCAUCACAGUGGCGCCGCUUCACUGAUGAUGCUUUACGCAUGUUCCAAAGGCUCUUAGCUGCAGAGCCAGAAAAACGCUGUGGAGUCAAAGACGUCUUCUGCUUUGUCAAGUAUGAACUAGUGAGCGAGCUGAGACGCAGGGCCUCAUGUCGGGCCAAGAGAGGGGAAAGGUCCAGCUCGGGUGUGUGUACAGGCAGCUGUACUUCCUCCUCCUCUUCCUCCACAUUGCGGUCUUCUCACAGACACCCUGAGCCCUCCACUCCUCCAGGCACCACCUGUCUGAGGCCCGCCCCCCUCAAGCGCUCCGUCCUCUCUGAUCCUCUGUCUCCAAGAGAGGACACUGGACAGCACCAGUCUCCAGGACGAGACAAGAACAAAAGCCAGAUGGUCAUGGCCACUGCCAUAGAGAUCUGUGUGUGACUGCUCCAGUGUGAGCGGAGGACACAAAUGUCUUCUGGCAGAGAUAAUAAGCCGAGAAGAGCGGUUAAUGAACAGCGCGGAGGCUGGGUACUUUAUCCAUGAAAGACAAGCUCAGGAUCACAUCUCCGGCACUGGCAAAUGGACACCAUCCAUCAGGACUUGGACAGCUCAUCACGGCAUACGCCUUUUAGGCUUGAUUUGUGACCAAAGACUGCUUCCUGAGCAGAGAAGCCAUGCAAGCUCCCUCUGCAUCAGGCAUGUGUGUUUCCUGCCAACAUACACUGUGGUGGUGCUAAUGAAUCUAGAAUUAGAUCCUGAUAAUGUAUUCCUGUCUGUAAUCUCAUUCUGUGUUUUUCUUUAGCAUAGAAGAAAAGGAGCCCUUUGAGAGGCGACUCAUGUAGUGCCUGUGACUGGGGGGUUCUCUCUAUAAUUGUGUCUCACCUCCUCCAAACUUCCAACAUAGGUCAAGAGUUUUUUUUGUUGUUUUUUUAAGAUACUAUAACUUAUAGUUGAAAAAAGAAAACUUUAAUGUAGCAGUUUUAUAUGUUUUGUACUGUUGAUGUCUAGACUGAGAUUAGGCAUCACCUCAGGACUCUGCAUUCUUUUCUUUGUUUGUAGAAAUCUAUUGACUAAUGAUUCCUUUCAACUGCUCUCAAUGAGAUUCGUUUUCAGUGGAACACAAUAGACUACAGGGAUUAUUACUGUACAUUUUCUGAGUGGAGACACAAAUGAACAGUGAGCUGAGAACAAGUUGUUUUGUACCUGCUCUGUGUGUGUGUCUGUGUGUGUGUCUUUGUGUGUGUGUGUGUGGGGGGGGGGGGGGUACGUGGGGGUGUGUGUGGGUGUGUGUGCGUGUGCGUAUCAGAAGCUCAAAAGCACAAGAUUUUUGCACAAAGAAGUUAGCAAAAUAAGUAUACUUUAUUGUAAAUAUUCAGCAUAAUAUCAGGUAGUCUAACUACAGUAUGUAGCUGUAAGUAUUUUAUACUGAAACAAGAGAAAAUGGUAUAGUAAUGGUACUGUCGGCAUCAGGCAAUGCAUUGUAUGUAGCAACAAAUGAAUGUAGUUUAUUAAAAUACAAAUUUAUGAGUGUAACAAUCUAACUUUAAACUAUGUUCAACAUAGUAGCAGCUGCUAUUAUUUAAUUUAAAAAAAACUGCCAUUUUAAGUUAUUUUUAUCUCACCAUAAGACACAAGGGUGAUUAUAAACAAAACCUCAACCACUUGGUAAAAAUGUAAUUGGCUCGAAAUGUUUACAUGACUGAAAGAUUUUCCAUGAGUGAAUAUAUUGCUGUACAUUGUAGUAUGUGCAGCUUUGAUUUCCCCACACUCAAUUUCUCAUACCUGCCUCUGACCUGGUACAGUCUUUGGUCCAAUAUUGUUUUGGGGAAACCUUUACAUGUACUCUCCGUCUCAGAGCCCAGCUGUUGUGUGCUGGCUGCUGACCUCUGUGUGCGCCACUGUAAACAUUGAUCCUGGCCAUCAUUAGUUACACUGUCUCAGCCCAAUUACCACAGCCUGAGCAAAUGCAUCACUACUCUGUCUCCUCUCAGCACUUGUCACCAGUGUCUAUCUUCUCUGUGUGUGAGUGCUGGGAUGCUUUCACUUCCUUCAGUCGGUGACACCUCCUAUGACAGCCCAUCAUAUCAGUCUCUAUAGUGAUUCACUGUCUGUCCUGUUUUUUUUCUCUUUCCAAGUGCAAAUGAAACAACCACACACCUCUUCUCUCCCUCUCUCACUUCUGAUCAUUCUUGACUUCUGGUUAUUCUUUUUUUCAAGUCCAGUGUCUUGAUCCGUUCUGGCCAGGCUCUAUCACAGCUCCCCAAAAGGUUGCAAUCAUUUUUCUUGCCUACUUUUCACUUUAUUCUUAAAUGACAAAACUGAUUGAAGCUGAUGGGUCUGUCAAAGUCGGGCAUUGUAUCUUCACAUUUUGGCCGGCGGUGUAACACUGUCCAAAAAUAGAGCUUUUGAUUUCGAUUGGUCCAUAAUGUGGGCAGCUGUGGUGAUUGGUACGUCACUGCCAUUUGGAUCAAGCCCCUGUAAUCAGUCAUUCCAAUGUGCUCCACUUUUUCUGAGAGACUGUUAUGACAUCUGCUGUCAAGUACACAGGCACAUGAGCUGUCAAAUCGAAUUCACGUUCUUUAUGCCAUAGGUCGACAGAGUAGCCUCCGGGUUGU